AUGGACUACCAAAAUCGAGCAGGAGCCAACAAGGGGUCUGGAGGUGUGGCGGGCGCAUCCGAAGCAGCCGUUGACCGUCGAGAGCGAUUGAGGAAGUUGGCCCUGGAGACGAUCGAUCUCGCGAGGGAUCCGUAUAUCCUCAGAACCCACCUGGGAACCCUAGAAUGUCGUCUUUGCCUCACCUUGCACGUAAACGAAGGAUCCUACCUCGCCCACACCCAAGGGAAGAAACAUCAGACCAAUCUCGCCCGGCGUGCGGCUCAGCACAACAAGUCGGAAGCGUUGAUGAUCAAGAAUGUGCCUGAGCAGGUCCAAGUCAAGAAAAAGGUGUUUGUGAAAAUUGGACGGCCAGGAUACCGGAUUGUGAAGAUCAGGGAACCAGUUUCUCAGCGCAUGGGCCUGCUGUUUACGGUCUCACUGCCAGAGAUCAAGCAGGGUGAACGGCCAAGGAGGCGGUUUAUGAGUGCGUUUGAGCAGAAGCGGGAAAUACCCAAUAGGGCGUUCCAGUACUUUGUUCUCGCGGCAGAACCAUACGAGACAAUAGCGUUCGCGGUCCCAGCGAAGGAUAUGGUAGAGGAGGAAGAAGACCCAGAGAGCGUGUGGGAGUACUGGGAUGCGGAUGAGAAGGUGUACAGCUGUCAGUUCCUGUUCAAGUAG